UAUCGUUCUAUCGCCCAGCUCUAAUUCAGAGUGACUCACAGAAAGAAGGUCCUGGGUUUGAAUCAACCGUCUAGCCUGGGCCUUUCUGUCUUUAUAUGUUUGUAUGUUCACUCAGUGUCUGCACUGGUUCUCUCUGGCUACCUCUGCUUCCUCCCACAGUCCAAAGUCAUGCAUCUAGUGGGGUUAAGUUAAUUGGUGAUUCUAAAUUGCCCAUAGGUGUGAGUGUUUACUUUACACGGUUUACUGUGCCCUCGGCCUAUGGUAGCUGGGAUAGGCUCCCGCGCCCCCUACAACCCUGAAUGGAAUAAGAGGAAGAGAAUGGAUGGAUGAUACAUUUCUAUUAAAUGUGAAUUUCUGUGUAUACAGAUGUGCUCAAUAAUUUGUGUAAUGUCAUUUUCAAUGAUUUAUUACAGUUAAUUGCUGUGUUAUUUGAAAUAAACUGCCUGUAAUUGCUAACUUGACCCCAAUCACAGACUGAUAGUAGACUAAUAUCGUAUAGUGUGAUAAUAUAUCGUGAUGUGUCUGGUGAGGCCAGCUGCUUUACACAAAAUAGAAGUGAGUGGCAACAAAAGCUGUGUUGCAAGGUAGAAUGGAAAGAAAAAGAAAACUCGAUGUGUUAGCCUUUUUGAAAGUCAUUUAGAUGCAGCACAUGUCAGCUUGUUGAACCACAUGAAGUGGAAUAUUGAAUUGAUCCAACUUUUGUGCUCUGUGUGAUGGUUGGUACUUAUCCCCAGACAAAAAAUCAAUACAAAUACAGUUUGCGGGUACUGAUUAUGAUUUCACAUUCCGGGCCAGGAGCAUCCACAUCACUUUGUUUUUGUUGCUCAUUUUAGUGUUUGUGGGCUUGUAUGUGUGCACUUAUGCAGAACAGGAUAGACACACAGGAAGCCCGUGUGAGAUGUGAACAGACAUGUCUGGGGACACAAGGGGUUUUCAGAUACACCAUAGACCUGCAUUACACAAUUGGCUGAAGGUUAUAACUUCAGGUUUAAGGUGAGCUCGAGUAACAAGUUUGUUUGAAAUGCUGUUAAAGAAAUCUCAAAAUGCACCCAUCAAAGUCAGGACAAAUUGGUUUUCCGCUCCCUGUGAUGUGAGGUCCAUUAACUAGGAGAAUGAACACGACUGAGAGCCUGUUUCUACGAGAGCAGGCAAAGGGCAGACUUGAUGAUAAACGACAGCUGGACAGGAGAAAAGGACAGUUGGGAAGUCGAAGGCAAAGUGACACAGAGAGGGCACAGAAUCGGCGUUCAUCAAUUUGAAAUGGAGACUUUAUAUGCGGUAGCAUGUUUUAUUCCCCAUAUAAAUGUUAAACAAUACAUUUCAUUAAGUUUCUUAUAUUGUUAACAUAAAUCAUAACGUCUACAGGCUUUCAGGGACACACACUGAAACCCACUGAGCGUCACCCUGUUAGCAAGUAAAUGGUUUGAGUAAAUGUAACUUUAAUGUGUAAAUCCUGCCCUCGGGUUGCGUUGGAAGCGCAGUCUCAGGUAAAUUCACCCCAUCAAACUGUAAAAGCCGUGGCCAUAAAGUAGCUCGGAAGAGCUUUUAUCAGUCUUAAUGCACUCUUCAAAGAGCAUCCCUCAAUCUGCACGUCUCAUCGAGAGGUGCUGCUUGACCGCAGGCAAAGGCUACUGUAUCAGUCUCAUUUCACAGAUGAUGAGAAAGACCAUUUGGGUGACUGAUGAGCAUCUUAACCUAAAGGGGUCACUGAGUGCACCAUCACAGAGUGAUGGUCAUCCACAGCCGAACCCUGAAAACACUCCUUCACAUGUACCAAUAUUGGAUACUGUCAGCAGAUUGUCUAUGGAAUAUUUAUAUUCCUAUGCAGUGUGGAUAUAUUGCACAGGAUCCUUAAUGGGUUUACAUUUUCCAUCUGACCACAGGAAAACGAAAAGACAGUUCCUCUUGCUCAGCAGCACUUCAUAACUUUGCUUCUUGGUAUACAAUUUUAGGAGACUGAUUUUCUGACGCGCACUUUCUCCAUAGUCCUCUGUUCAUCAAAUGUAGUAUUAUAUCCCCCGCUCCCCAUCCUCGCAACAAGUCUCUUUGAUGUCAAAUUGACACUUUAGUGAACAGCACUUCAUGGAUUUGAUAUUGCCUGGCAACUGCAGAAAACCCGCUCCUCGUGGCUUCUUCAGGGCGACGAGAGACGGGCGGGGAGGUCGGUUCGGCGGUGGAGAUGAUGGUAGAGGAAAAGACGGUGGAAGGUAUUAAUCACAAUGGUGAUUUCUGUUUGGCUUGCCUCCAGGCAGUGAAGCAAAAUUAAAGCCCAGAAAAUCGGAUUAUGGCCUCCCUGGGGGGUUAGAUGCCCAGUAGCCAGCUGAUGAGCACUCAUCUACUCUUCAUUCUAUUCUGCAGAAAUGUUGGCUCGGAGGCCAAUUUGUUAACAGUUAUUGCUCAUUUCUUGUGUAGCUUCCUGCUAGUGAGACAAUAGCCAAGGUUUAUUGUCUUGCAAUUAUCACAAUUUGAGGGAAGCCGGUGAUUGAUAUAUCGUCUCUGAGGUCUGUGGCUUUACUUGCUGCCAGUUUUGCUGUGGGGACACCCAUUAUCAGCAACAGCAGCGGUGCCGGAGUUAUAAAUAUGUGAUGCCUACUUCAACUCAUUUUUUUUUAAACUUUGACAAAGUUGGAAAUGUGCAUGCUCCUCACAAAUAUGUCAUAUUGUGUUCAUUAAACUGAUUGGCCCUCUUCAUUAUGGACCUACUAUUAUCAAUUUUCUAGAAACAGUUGGAGAAAUAUAAUCUAUAAAUGUAUAAUACAAAUAUGGAAAAAAAAACAGAAGGCUUCUUGGUUUGAGUAACACAUAAGGCGCAGAGAAAAGCAGCAAAAUCAGAGAAAACAAAACAUUAUCGUAAAAAUUAAGGGGUUUUCAAAACUCUUAAAACGUGUUACCAAAGGUCCAAAACCAAAAUAAUUUAGUGAUAUGUAUUAAACAGACAAGCACUAAAUGAUUUUUUUUAUUAGUAAAUGAACUAAACCAUGUGUUGAAACAGCAUUUACUGCUUUACUUCUCCUCAGCCAGUGUAAUUCCUUAUUUCCGACAGAAGUGCAACACAUCCUCCUCUCGCGAAGCAGAUAAACCCACUGAAAAGCCUUACAUGCAGGUAGGUCACACAUAAGCCUCAGACACCCUCCGCUUACCCGUCUCUGUGCAGUCAGCCCUGCCCAAGCUUCUCACAGGAGCUGUUCGCACAAAGGAGCGCAUUGUGUAACUGUGCCUCAGUUUUAAUGAACCAGCGCUCCCGCUCCAGCACACUCCUCCCUCUUUGUCAGUCCCCUCCCUUCCUGCCGCUGUUCUCAUGAAUAUCACAGCGUCUUCCCCUCAUUAUUCAUGAGCUGGUAUCGGUGUGUUCAUGUGCGCCGAAACGGAGGAAGAAAAAGGGGGGAGUGUCUCAGUGAGCGCGAGUCACAACCCUGGUGUAUGAGCCUGUGCGCACGCCUGUGUGUGAGCGUGUGAGUGUAUGAGUCUGAAAUAGAGGGAGCGGGAUAGAGUAGACACUCCGGCUGAUGCUGAAACGGCCGCCGCUACUUCACUGCCGCUGUUCACAUCUGAACCUUCUUCUGUCAGGCUCAGCUGGAGCUUUCUGUUCCUCUAAGCUGGGGUUGCUUGUGACUGCCUGAAUGUGUGAAUGGGAUGCCUGAAAAGAGAUGCUCGCUAAGGAGUGACUGAUGAGAACCAGCGCUCCGGUGUGGAGGGUGACCCCCCUGUGUCCGUACCACCACUACUUGGGGAGAAUUAGACGCCUGGCGUUUCCACGACAACUAUAAUGGGCUGCAAUCUGUGCACUUUACAGAAGCGAGAGGAACACUACAAGCUUCUGUAUGAGAUCGCACAGGUGAAUGGAAAAGAGUUGUCCAAGUCCAGCCAUGAAGAGACUGUGGAAGCCUUUCGCCCUGCCAAGGACCCCGUCGUGGUGCAGGUCAUCCGGCGGACCCCCAGCGGGCGCCCCCAUGGCCCCCCUCAGGAAAUCCAUGUGGUGGAUGUGUGUACUCAGACUGACAUCACCUUUGAACACAUCAUGGCGUUGGCAAAACUCCGGCCUUCAACCCCUCCUGUGCCUGACGUCUGUCCCUUCCUGCUCUCUGACAGCUGUCAUUCCCUUCAUACAAUGGACCAGGAUUACUACGAAGGGACUGACUACCUCUCCCCUGUACCCGCUGAUGGAGACAGGACAGAGGAGUUUGAGUAUGAGGAAGUAGAACUGUGUCGACUCAACAGCCAAGAGAAGUUGGGCCUAACUCUGUGCUACAGGACAGAUGAAGAAGAAGAUGUGGCCAUCUAUGUUAGCGAGAUAAGUCCAAACAGCAUCGCUGCCAGAGAUGGACGAAUCCGGGAGGGGGAUCGCAUUUUACAGAUUAAUGGCCAGGAUGUACAGGACAGGGAGGAAGCCAUGGCUGCACUCUCCAGUGACGAGUGCAGGAACAUCAUACUGCUGGUUGCCAGACCUGAGAUGCAGCUGGAAGAAGCCUGGCUGGAUGAUGAACAUAGCGAGUUCCUGGAGCAACUGAAGAUGGAAAUGUUGGAGGAGCAGCAAAGAGAGGAAAUGGAAUUAGCUGCCUUACAAGAGGAACAGGAGAAUGAACAGAGAACAGAGGAUGAUAAGCCCACUUGUUCCACACUCCCUCAUCAUAAGGACAAUGUACUGAGCAUAAAGGACAGGAUGGGGAACUCGCAGCAUAAUGUCAUGGCACAUAUCCAGAAACGUCUGUCCCAGUGCCUGAAAGACAGUCGGGACACGCACUCUACCACCAGCUCCAUGCGGCUAGACGACAAAACGGAUGAGGAUGACGAUGAAGCAGAAGGUGAUCGCUUCCAGCAGCUCUUGGAACUGAAAUGUCAAAUACGCAACAGCGGCGAGUACGACCUGUUCUACAGCCGCCGGAGCACUAUUGAGUGCAGCAUGGGGGAGCAGGCGGGGGUACAGCACGAGCUGCGUAUGCUCAAUGAGGAACUGCGCAGCAUCGAGCUUGAAUGUCAGAACAUCAUGCAGGCCCACAAACUUCGUAAGGGUCAGCAGUCUCCCUCAGUGGGCCAUUCUACACCCUCCACCAAAAUCCAAAGCUUUCACCGCGGUGAGCCCUCAAAGGGUAAGCUGGCCGACAUUAACGAGAGGCUAGAGAAAUCGGACAAGGACAGCUCUAGUGCCUACAACACAGCAGAGAGUUCACGCAGCACCCCUCUGGCAAUGGACCGCUCCCCGGAGCACUCACUCCAGAGAAUGGUUAGUCUUACAAACCAGAGGAACCUCUGCAGCGGCCUCGCUGCUGGUCAUUCUCUUAGCCUGAGCCCCAUCCCAGCGUGCCGCGCUCCAGUCCUGGGUAAGAGCAGCAGCCCUGACCACAGCAAUCCUUCUGAGUCAGACCAAACACCUCAGGCUGAGGAAGAGAGCAGAGGGAAACUAAACCAAAGCGCUUCCCGAAAUCCAUACUUCUCACCUUCUCACAGUUCCCAGCAGAGGCAGACCAACAUCCCAGCUCACGCCCGCCACUACCAGAGCUACAUGCAGCUGAUACAACAGCGCUCAGCUGUAGAGUACGCUCAGAGCCAGCUCAGUCUACUUAGCGUCUGUAAAGAGCCUCAGAGGCCCAUUACAGAGCCCAAGAUGGAGUGGAAGGUCAAGAUCCGUAGUGACGGUACCCGCUACAUCACCAAGAGGCCUGUGAGAGACAAGAUCCUGAAGGAGCGAGCCCUAAAGAUUAAAGAGGAACGCAGCGGGGGAAUGACGACAGAUGACGACGCAAUGAGUGAAAUGAAGAUGGGGAGGUACUGGAGUAAAGAGGAAAGAAAGCAGCACCUCGUCAGAGCGAAAGAACAGCGGAAGAGGCGAGAGUUCAUGCAGCGCAGUCGGCUGGAGAGCUUGAGGGAGAACCCUCAGAGCAGCAGUGAAGGUCGAAAGGAAGUCAGCAUCAUAGAGCUCAGCCACAAGAAGAUGAUGAAGAAACGCAACAAGAAGAUCUUGGAUAACUGGAUGACAAUCCAGGAGCUGAUGACUCAUGGUACCAAGGCCCCAGAGGGAGCUAAGGUACACAAUGCCUUCCUUUCAGUCACUACUGUAUAAAAAAACAAAAGAAACACACACAUUCUACCCCAUGUGGUACGACAUACUUGCCUCGUUAAAUGUGGCAUUUUUACAUGGACAAUAGGAAUAUUUUUCACACUUUGUAACCCAAAAAAAACAUUUUGUAAAGAAUUUAUCAGCGGCAUCAUGACAUUUUGAUGUUUUUCCAAGAUUGUUUUUUUCACAUCACUCU